AUGCGAGCCGCUGCGACUGCUUUUUGCAUCUCACACCCUGGACGAAAAUUCAGACAUGAGAAGCCUGAUGUCCAGGCGCUGCUUGAGCGCAAAGAGUCUGAAUACAUCGAUGUUGCUGAAGUACUCAGCUGGGAAUCCAUGAAGAAGUUUUGUGACCGCGAGUUUCCGGACCAGAAGUUCCGCAACGACACGGCGCGCAAGCAAUUCCUUUUGAACAAAGGACUCCGCUUGCAGAAGGACGACAAAGGUGUCUACGGUGUGGUUCAGGCGAAGGAAGGUCACGAAGACUCCAAGGAAAUCCGAAUUGGCAAAAGGCUUUCUUCAUCCAAGAUCAAGCAGGAGAACUUUAGUGAUCGUGGCCGUGAAGAGAGGGAUGCAGCGCAUCGCAAGAACUCCCAGAACCUACAUGUCCAGUCCAAUAGCAAGGCUGGCCGGAAAAGGUGGUUAGGUAGCGGCGAGUAG